AUGAGGUUUUUACACAGGGGGUCAUCGCUUAAAACCAGAAUGGGAUUAUUAGCUCCUUUUCUGGCCUUCUGGCUCCUCUUGCUCCUAGCUCAGUGCAACGGGCAGGCAUUCACAAGUUUCCACCCGGAGCAGAGAGAUUGGUUCUUCAACCACCUGACCGUCCAUAAAACCACAGGAGCUGUGUACAUUGGGGCUGUGAACCGUGUGUACAAACUCUCGGGUAACCUGACACUGCUGGUUUCCCAUGACACGGGCCCAGAGGAUGACAACAAGGCCUGCUACCCGCCCCUGAUUGUGCAGCCCUGCUCGGAGCCUCUGGUGUCGACCAACAACGUCAACAAGCUUCUCCUCAUUGACUACCCGCAGAAUCGCCUGCUGGCCUGCGGCAGCCUCUAUCAGGGUGUCUGCAAACUCCUCCGACUAGACGACCUUUUUAUCUUAGUAGAGCCGUCCCAUAAAAAAGAGCAUUAUCUAUCCAGUGUUAAUCAGACUGGAACCAUGUAUGGGGUAAUAGUACCCUCGCAGGGACAGGAUGGAACUCUGUUUAUCGGCACUGCAGUUGAUGGAAAGCAGGACUACUUCCCAACCAUCUCAAGCCGAAAACUUCCCCGUGAUCCGGAGUCUUCCGCAAUGCUUGACUAUGAAUUGCACACUGACUUUGUCUCCUCAUUAAUCAAGAUACCGUCAGACACACUAGCGUUGGUGUCUCACUUUGACAUCUACUACGUUUAUGGUUUCGCGAGCGGCGGCUUUGUCUACUUUUUGACCGUCCAGCCUGAGACGCCAGAAAACGGCAUGUCGUCCAGCGGCUCCACCAGUGAUCUCUUUUACACUUCCCGCAUUGUUCGUCUCUGUAAAGACGACCGCAAGUUUCACUCAUACGUUUCCCUCCCAAUUGGCUGCGUAAAGAAUGGUGUGGAAUACCGUCUCCUGCAAGCCGCCUACCUCGGCAAACCUGGCAGCAUCCUUGCCGCUGCGCUUCACAUUGGCACCCAAGACGAUGUGCUAUUCGCUGUUUUCUCCAAAGGCCAGAAGCAGUUCCACCGUCCACCUGAUGACUCUGCGCUCUGCGCCUUUACUAUCCGCGACAUCAACGCACGCAUCAAAGAGCGACUGCAGUCCUGCUACCAGGGCGAGGGAUACCUGGAGCUUAACUGGCUACUUGGCAAAGAUGUACAUUGCACCAAAGCGCCAGUGCCCAUUGAUGACUCUUUCUGUGGUCUGGACAUAAACCAGCCUCUCGGCGGCUCCCAGCUGGUGACUGGACAAACUCUCUACACUGAGACCCGCGACCGCAUGACUUCAGUCAUCUCUUACGUCUACAAUGGUUACUGUGUGGCCUUUGUGGGGACAAAGAGUGGGCGCCUUAAGAAGAUCCGCAUUGAUGGCCCUCCUCAUGGUGGAGUCCAGUACGAGACUGUGUCGGUAAUGAAGGACGGCAGCCUCAUUCUCCGGGACAUGGCCUUCUCCCUGGACCGCGCUCACCUCUACGUCAUGUCUGAAAGACAAGUUACACAAGUUCCCAUCGAGUCAUGCGAACAGUACGACACUUGUGGCGAGUGCUUGAGCUCUGGGGACCCGCAUUGCGGCUGGUGUGUGCUGCACAACAUAUGCUCCCAGAGGAACCGCUGCGAUCGUGCAAAUGAGCCAUAUCGUUUCGCUGCCUCCCUGGACCAGUGUGUGAAGGUCACUGUGUACCCAGACAGCAUUGCAGUGUCUGAGCCUAGCGUACCAUUACUGGUGAAGGUCAGUGACGUGCCAGACCUUUCAGCAGGAAUAUCUUGUUCUUUCGGCAAUCUGACAGAGGUGGAGGGGCAAGUGAACGGCAACCAAAUACUCUGUGUAUCCCCGACUGCCAAGGACGUCCCCCUUAUCCCUUCUGACCAAGAUUGGUCGGGUGUCGAGCUAAGACUCAAUUCAAAGGAGACCGGUCAGAUGGUCAUAAGCACCGAGGUCAAGUUUUACAACUGCAGUGUUCACCAAUUGUGUCUGUCAUGUGUAAACAGCGCUUUCCGCUGCCACUGGUGCAAGUACCGCAACUUGUGCACCCAUGACCCGUCCAGCUGUUCUUUUCAAGAGGGACGGGUCAACGCCACUGAGGACUGUCCACAGCUGGUGCGCUCCGAGGAGAUUCUGAUCCCGGCGGGGGAGGUGAAGCCCAUCACGCUAAAAGCCAAGAACCUGCCACAGCCACAGUCUGGCCAGCGGGGCUACGAGUGCGUCCUUCACAUCCAAGGGGUUAGCCACCGUGUCACUGCCCUCCGAUUCAACAGCUCCAGUGUGCAGUGCCAGAACAGCUCGUACUUAUACGAAGGGAUGAAAAUAAGUGAGCUGCCCGUGGAUUUCUCUGUGGUGUGGAACGGCAACUUUAUUAUUGACAACCCAGAGAACAUACAGGUGCACUUGUACAAGUGCGCAGCCCAGAGGGACAGCUGUGGCGUGUGUCUGAAGGCCGAGAGGAAGUUCCAGUGCGGCUGGUGCAGUGGCGAGGGGAGGUGCACCCUGCGUCGACACUGCCCCCCUAUCAGCCCCUACACCACCCGUUGGCUGAACUUGUCUAGCAAAAAUGUCAAGUGCACCAACCCACGCAUCACUGAGGUGACCCCAAUGGCCGGGCCCCCCGAUGGAGGCACACGAGUGACCAUCCAUGGCACCAACCUUGGCCUGGCUUUCUCAGACGUGGUGGGCAAUGUGGAGGUUGCAGGAAUAAGGUGUGCUCCUGUCCAAGAUGGUUACAUCAUCGCUGAACAAAUUGUGUGUGAAAUGGAUGCUGCCCCUGCAGACAGUCAGCCUGGUCCAAUCCAGCUUUGCGUCGGGGAAUGCCGACCUGAACUCAGAGCUAGAUCAAGUCAACUUUACUCCUUUGUGACACCCACAAUCACUGGUGUGUCACCCAGCAGAGGUCCAGAAUCUGGGGGUACCAAAGUCACAAUAAUGGGAGAAAACCUUGGGGCUGGUAGCAGUGUCAGUGUUCUCUUUGGGAACCAGACGUGUGAGUUCUUUAGUCGGACAAUGACAGAGAUUGUGUGCUGCUCUGCACCCUCGCUGUCCGGUGUCAGCAUUGUCCAGAUCAGGGUGAGCGUGGAUCGCGCCCAGAUUAGGGAAAGCCUCACCUUCGAAUACAUCGAGGAUCCAACCGUUGUGCGCAUUGAACCAGACUGGAGCAUUGCUAGUGGCCACACCCCCUUGAUAGUGACAGGCACUAACCUGGAUGUGGUUCAAGAGCCCAGAAUCCGGGUGAAGUAUGCCGGCAAAGAGUCAGUCAAUCUAUGUAAGGGGUUGAAUGCAACCAGCAUGAGCUGCUCGGCUCCCUCUCUAGUGGAGGACUACCAUCCAGGCUUGGAAACAGUGAAACAUGCCGACGAAUUUGGCUUCAUCUUCAACAACGUACAGGCACUGCUGGUCUACAACAACACCAACCUCCUCUACUACCCGAACCCUUACUUUGAACCCCUCAGCACAACUGGAAUCCUGGAACAAAAGCCAGGCUCUCCAAUCAUUCUAAAGGGCAGAAACCUGCUUCCCCCAGCCUCAGGAGGGGUGAAGCUUAACUACACAGUGCUGAUUGGCGAGACCCCCUGCUCGGUGACCGUGUCCGAGAGCCAGCUGUUAUGUGAGCCGCCCAACCUCACUGGACAAUACAAAGUCAUGGUUCAAGUUGGAGGGCUCCACGUCUCUCCUGGUGCUGUGCACAUCAUGUCUGACAGUCUGCUGACCCUUCCAGCCAUCGUCAGCAUUGCUGCUGGCGGGGGAUUACUCCUCAUCAUUGUCAUCCUCGUCCUAAUUGCCUACAAGCGAAAGUCACGUGAAAACGACCUUACGCUCAAGCGCCUUCAGAUGCAAAUGGAUAACCUGGAGUCACGAGUAGCCCUGGAGUGUAAAGAAGCCUUCGCCGAGCUGCAGACGGACAUCAAUGAGCUCACCAGCGACCUAGACAGAGCCGGGAUUCCUCAUCUGGACUACAGGACUUAUGCCAUGAGGGUGCUCUUCCCUGGCAUUGAGGAUCAUCCUGUCCUCAGAGAGCUGGAGGUGUCAGGAAAUGGCCAGCAGAAUGUGGAGAAGGCCCUGAAGCUCUUUGGUCAACUCAUCAAUAACAAAGUGUUCCUGCUCACCUUCAUCCGAACUCUAGAGAUGCAGCGCUCCUUUUCUAUGAGAGACCGCGGCAACGUAGCUUCGCUUAUCAUGACGGCCUUACAGGGACGUCUGGAGUAUGCUACAGAUGUCCUCAAGCACCUUCUGUCAGACCUAAUCGACCGAAACCUGGAGAGCAAGAACCAUCCCAAGCUGCUGCUGCGCAGAACGGAGUCUGUUGCAGAGAAGAUGCUCACCAAUUGGUUCGCCUUCCUUUUGCACAGGUUUCUAAAGGAGUGCGCUGGUGAACCUCUGUUCAUGCUCUACUGCGCCAUCAAGCAGCAGAUGGAGAAAGGCCCCAUCGACGCCAUCACUGGAGAGGCCCGCUACUCUCUGAGCGAGGACAAGUUGAUCCGCCAGCAGAUCGAAUACAAAACGCUGAUCCUCAACUGUGUAAACCCGGACAACGAGAACAGUCCUGAGAUUCCAGUCAAAGUACUGAAUUGUGACACCAUCACCCAAGUGAAGGAGAAGAUCCUGGACGCUGUCUACAAGAACAUGCCCUACUCUCAGCGACCGCGUGCUGUCGACAUGGACCUCGAGUGGCGCCAAGGACGGAUGGCUCGUGUAGUGCUGCAGGAUGAAGACAUCACCACCAAGAUAGAAAGUGACUGGAAGCGGCUGAACACACUCUUGCACUACCAGGUGUCAGACCGUUGCGUUGUGGCUUUGGUGCCUAAACAGACGUCAUCUUACAACAUCCCUCCCUCAGCCAGCAUAUCACGCUCGUCCAUCAGCAGAUACGAUUCUUCAUUCCGUUACACUGGCAGUCCAGACAGCCUCAGAUCUCGCGCUCCAAUGAUCACACCGGAUCUGGAAAGUGGCGUGAAGGUGUGGCAUUUGGUGAAGAACCAUGAGCAUGGAGACCAAAAGGAAGGAGACCGCGGCAGCAAGAUGGUUUCUGAGAUCUAUCUGACCAGACUGCUCGCUACCAAAGGAACACUCCAAAAAUUUGUAGACGACCUGUUCGAGACGCUGUUCAGCACAGUUCAUCGAGGAAGUACACUGCCGCUAGCCAUCAAAUACAUGUUUGACUUCUUGGAUGAACAGGCCGACAAGCACGGCAUUUAUGACACUGAUGUACGUCAUACAUGGAAAAGCAACUGCCUUCCACUGCGUUUCUGGGUGAAUGUGAUCAAGAACCCGCAGUUUGUGUUUGACAUCCAUAAGAGCAGCAUCACGGACGCCUGUCUGUCUGUGGUUGCUCAGACAUUUAUGGAUUCUUGCUCCACUUCUGAACACCGCCUGGGCAAAGACUCCCCUUCCAAUAAGCUGCUCUACGCUAAAGAUAUCCCCAAUUACAAGAGCUGGGUAGAGAGGUACUAUGCCGACAUCAACCGGCUGCCAGCCAUCAGCGACCAGGACAUGAACGCCUACUUGGCAGAACAGGCUAGACUCCACUCCAGCGAGUUCAACAUGCUGAGUGCCCUCAACGAGAUCUACUCUUAUAUCAGCAAGUACAGCGAGGAGAUCACGGAAGCCUUGGAACAGGACGACCAUGCUAGGAAGCAGAGACUGUCCUACAAGGUGGAGCAACUCAUUGCCGCCAUGUCACUUGAAAGCUGA